CGGCACGGUACUCUGCUGUGCUGACACAAAAAGAACAAAUUUGAGGAUACCGAACACAUCAGUCACCGCAACAAGAAGGGUCGGAAAGAUACUAGGAAUUAGAAUGAGAGAGCUCUGUAAKGACCGCUCAUCUGCCCAGCAUUAUCGCUCGCUUCAUCACAUUAUUGGAUGCUAAAAUAAUGAGAACUUCUACUGCUGUAGAUAUUGACACUACUUGCACGGAGGACAACGAGAAGAAUGCCAUCAUGGCGAUCCAGUGUCGACAGAACAACGAGGUGUUCCUUCGCAGAAAGUUUGGCCGRGUCGCCGAGGCAGUCAUUGUUGCUGCUGGGGCUGCGAUUUUUCUGACAUGUUCUCUCAAUUGCUGCACGGGCAUCCAUGCCUUCUCGCUUCGRUCUGCAGCGAAAGGAUCAACGGCCCGGGUCGCGUCGACGUUCCGCAACGACGACGACCAYCUGCUACCAGGGAUCCAUUCGUUGCCGUUUGCCAYGACCACUUCCCUUCAAACCYAUUACACAACUAACUCCCGUCUUUGGGCCAAAGAAGAAGAGAAAGAAGACGAUCGCGGCGAUGCAGAACUAUACAUUGUGUCYUCCGCCUCCAAGAACGUCACCGAGGAUCCAUCGGUUCCAUUCGAGACACCAAUGGUGGAUGACGACGGCAUCGUCACAAACAGGAAACCAACUUCUGGCCCCGCACGAACAGGAGAGCGAGAUGUCACCAUUCGYGGUGAUCGAGACGAAGUAGGACGCAAUCCUGUUCCCGRUGCUGCAWUAAAACGUGCGAAGAACGAAGACCUGGAUUACGUUACAAUUGCGCAAGAAAAUCCUUCCMUCGAAACCGACCUUGACAAGACGGUCAAUGCAGUUUUUGGGGCCAUUGCCUUUUGCCAAAAGAUUCCGUCGAAAGUCGAGGAGGCCAUUGAAAAGACACAACAACUCCCGGGAAAGGUAACUAAGUCGGUACAAGAGACCAAGAAAAGCGUCGAAGAAACCAUCGAAACAACCCAAAARGUUGUUAAAACCGUCCAAGAAUUCCCCRACAAGGUCACCAAGUCGGUGCAGGAGACCAAGGAAAGCGUGGAGGAGACAAUUGAAACUACCCAAAAGGCCGUAAAAACUGUAGAAGAAUUUCCCRGCAAAGUGAAAGAGUCUAUUGAAGAUACCGCACACGACGUGAAGGUGCUAUUCGGAUUGGAACGACCGAGUCUCAAAAAACGCAUGCAGCAGCAGAAAAUCCCAAUGACGGCCAAGGAGGAAGCUCUUGAUCUGGCUGGGAAGGCAACGGUGGCAACGGCCAAAGUGGCCAUCUGGGCCGGCAAGGGAGURGGUUCGAUGGCAUGGAAGGGGACAAAGUUGGCGUWCAACAACACGAUAGGCCCCGCUGUCGAAGAAACAUGGAACGAACAAGUAGCGAGCAUAAACAAUGCGAUCAAUGCAACAACGAAAGCCAUCCAAGACGUUCCGUCCAAAAUAACUUCGCCGAGUUCUGAGGUUUUGGACAAGAGAAAAGACCCAAAACGACCGUCUUUCACACGCAAGAGAGAAAGAAAAGAGACCACGAUCGUACCCGAUUCCGUUUCCAAAAUAAUUACGAAGAGUCCCGCUCAGCUGCAAAAGGAGAUCAACGAUGCACAAAACUUGGCCAAAGAGAUCUCCGMUGCAUUGGAUGCGGCCGAACGAGCCAUGAAGAUGAACCCGAACAGGGAGCUAGAAGAYCCCAUGAUCGAGAUUGGAGAAGUCUCCCCCGCAGAAUCCACAUCCAAAGCUGCGGUGCGGCCCUCGACGGCAARGAACAACGGUCCUUUCUGGAACCGAAGKCAAAAACAAAAKAAGACUCCUUCCAUCGACGUCUUGGCUCGUUUGAACGUCGCAAAGACCCAAGACCAGCUCGAYGCCGAACUGAAAGAGGAGCAGGCUUUGGAGAAAGAAAUCGCGGACGCGCUCGCCAUGGCGGAGCAGGCACUGAUGAMGUCUGCGCCUGCGAACAGCGGCACCAGCGAUGGAGGCAGCGGCGACAGCAAGAAGAACACGGGGGAUCAGUCAUAGACCGAUACCAACACAUCAAGAGCAACAGAAUGAUCCGAYCAAGUCUCUCCCGUCGGCUUCUGCUACGGCACGAAUGGUGUAACAGGGUCGCGCUGCAGYGAUGGUUUUCCAACCCUUCGCAGCAGAAGUUUGUUCGGUGGAUCGGCGCGAACGCGUGUCUGAAUCGGUAAGAGCAUACCAAAGAAUGGAUACCRGUAAUCCGAAGGUCGUUGCCAAAACCGUUCUCUAUUGCACGGGAGUCCAUGCAKUCAAGCGAUAACGGCUAGGUUUCUCCCGGGCUCACCAAGUCCACUUUGACGAGAAACCAUCGUUUGAAGUUUGGAUAAACUGGAUGGCAGCAGAAUUGCAUGAUUUCAAAGCAACAUUGAAUACCAAGAUUCCAAAGUUCGCGUUCGUGUAGAGAAAACUGCCAUUCUGUUCACGAAAAAGAUUGUGUGUAUAGCAUUGAUGAAGAUAAAACCGAUAGAAACAAAAGUACCAACACAACUCUUCAACCUGAACUAGUACUAGUACUAAUAAUUUCAGCACUGUUAG